AUGGAAUUUUUCAAUCCAGCUCUUGAGGAAAACAUCACCUUUGUUCGUCCUGCAUAUUUUAUUAUCAGUGGUUUUAUGGGUAUUCCUAACAUUAAUCUUUAUAUCAUCUUUCUUUUUAUUAUGUAUGUUUUUUCAUUGGUGGGGAACAUGUUUGUAAUGACUGUAAUAAUUUUGGAUCCUAUGUUAAGAGGCCCUAAAUAUGUUGCAGUUUUCAGCCUGGCACUUACAGACGUUUUAAGCAGCACUGCUUUGGUGCCAAAGGUUAUUGACAUUUUUCUGUUUAACCAUCGCCUCAUUUCUUACAAUGAGUGUUUGGCAUUCAUGUUUUUCUGCUUCUCUCUUCUCUCGAUGCAAUGUCUGAAUCUGGUAGCUCUGUCCUAUGAUAGACUAAUGGCUAUCAUGUAUCCACUGCACUACCAAGUGAAGGUAACUCAGAAGGUCAUGUUGCGAUUGAUCUGUAGUUUGUGGUUCAUUGUCAUCUGCUCUUUGCUCGUUACAGUUGGACUCGUCACAAGACUUUCAUUCUGUAGGUCUGUAAUUAUUGACAGUUAUUUCUGUGAUCAUGGCCCAGUGUUUCGGCUUGGCUGCAAUGAUAUUACACCCAGUCGAGUGAUCGGUGUUUUGUUACCAGUUAUUCUGCUUUGGAUUCCUCUGGCAUUUAUCUUGGCAACAUACUGCUGUAUUGCAUAUGCUUUGUCGAAAAUUUCUACAAUGCAGGAAAGAGUGAAGGCUUUAAAAACCUGUACGAGUCACCUUUCUUUAGUGACAAUUUAUUUUCUGCCAGUUACUCUUGUGUUUGGUAUAGGGAGCAAAAUACACCCAACAGCCAGGAUCAUAAACCUGUCUUUGACCAGCAUCAUUCCUCCUCUGUUGAACCCAAUUAUUUAUGUUUUUCAGACACAGGAAAUAAAGCAAUCUUUGAAAAAACUGAUAAAGGUCAGAAGUCAGUCUAAAAUUGUUGCAAAAAAAUAA